AGUAGGUAGUCGGCUGUAUUUUUAAUUAUUUAUUCGUCAAAACAAAAGGGAUUUUUAUUACUUUAAUCAUUUUAAUAGAUUGCCAAAUUAGAAUUAUGGAAUUCAUCGCAUCCGAAAAAGGUGAUUCGACUGAGAAUCGGGAUCCUAAUUCUCUUAUAGCUAAUGGUUCUUCGAAAAAUGUAGUGAAUAUUAAAGAAGAUGUAGGUGCUGAAAAAUCACACAUAGAAGCUCCCCCAGAGUGUACUCCUUGCACAUCGGAGACUACCGAAGACACCGAAAUCUGUGAGAUACCAGAACAGGUCGAAUUUACUGUAGUUUUUAACAAACUUAAACAUGACAUUACAUUUGCUUACGAUGCAACUGUAUCAGAACUUAAGGCUCACUUAGAAAGAGUGUGUGGUGUGCCACAGUCAGCACAAAAACUAAUUAUUAAAGGCAUGGCACGAGAUACUAUGACACUGCGAAAUGCUGGUGUAUCAAAAGGUGGAAAGGUGAUGCUUGUUGGUUCUAAAAUGGAUGAUAUUCUAGCUGUGAAAAGUGCACCAAAGGAAAUAUUGGAAGAAAAAGCAAGUAGUCAAUCAAGUAAAGAACCCCUUUGUAUGCAAAAAAUCCACAGGAAAGUUUUAGACAAAGGCAUUCCUCCUGAUGCUAUGCCUGGAAUCAAAGGAGUCAAGGAGCCACUGCCCCCUAUGCCAUUGAGUGGGAUGUUAAAUAAACAUGGAGGAAAGGUGAGGCUCACCUUCAAACCAGAACAAGACCAGUUAUGGCUUGGCACAAAGGAGCGUACAGAGAAACUUGCUAUGGCUUCAAUAAAAGGCAUCACAUCGGAACCAAUCAAAGAUCAUGAAGAAUACCACAUUAUGUGUCUUCAACUAGGUCCUACAAUGGCCUCCUGCUACUGGGUAUAUUGGGUGCCAGCUCAAUACAUUGAAGCUAUAAAAGAUGCUGUACUGGGAGUGUGGCAGUUCUUCUAAUUACCUCAGCAAAUUCUCAGCCAAUAAUAAUAUCUAUCUUACCAUAAUGCUGAUUGGGUAGUUGCAAUAUGGAAAUUUAAUGUUGUAUUAAAUCAAUUUCAGGUACAAUGUAAUAGUACCAUUACUUUUGUGAUAACGUUUUGCCAUGUCAAUUAAAAUUGUCCAUUCAGAAACUGGCAUCUAUCUGGUCAAAUGAUAAAUUUUAUUUAUUGUAAUUGUAAGUUUGCAUUUUAUGCAUUUGGGUUCAAAAUUGUACAAUCUUGCUACUACAAGAAUAUUCUAUGAAUGCCAACUUUUAUGAUAGAAACAUUGAUAAUGAGCUUAUUAUCCUUUUCAAGUUUGAAACCUGAUCUCUAUUAUGUGAACUUUACAAUAUUGAGUCACUUCAGUGAAGAAUUGGACAGAAUCAUAUUUGCAAAUGACUGUCUAAUAUAUUUCUAUUGGUGUUUAGUGUUGUGUGAUCAUUGUAGUAAAUUUAAAAUUAUGUAUUCAAAUUAUUGUUCAAACUGGUAUUGAUGCCAAUCCUUCACUGAAUACUUUUAAUCAUAGAAUUAGUGAAAUAAAAUGUUUU